AUGUUCGUCCGCGCCGCGCGCGCGCAUCCGAGCUCGAUCGCCCCCCGCGCGGGCGCCCCGUCGCCCCCGCGCGCGCGCCGCGUCGCCGCGUCGCGCCGCGGCGGCGCCCGAGCGGUCGCGACGCGAUCGAGCUCGGACACCGCCGACGACGCCGCGCGCGUCGCCGACGGCGAACCGGCGAACUGGAAGUACACCUAUCUCUACGACGGCGCGUGCCCGGUGUGCCAAACGCUCAAGUCGGCGCUGGAAGGGACGGGCAAGGGAGAGGGACGGGUGUGGUACGUGGACAUUUCGGAUCCGGCGUACGACGCGAACGCGCAUCAAGGGGUGACGUUCGCGGAGGCCAUGGAUACGAUUCACGUGCUGAAGCGAGAUGGAUCGGAACCGUUGAGAGGGUUGCCGGCGAUCGAGGCGCUGUUCAGCGAGGUUGGGUUAGGGUGGGCGGUGCGGUUGGCGACGAUGCCGGCGAUCGGUUUGGCGGCGAGCGUCAUCUAUAAACUCAUCUCGAGUAAUCGGUUGAAGAUCGGCGGCGCGAUGGGUGCUGGGAUGAUGGCGCUCGGUCGAGUUGGGAUGGAGAUUCGAGGCGAGAAGGCGUCGUGCGCCGAAGGGGACGAGUGCCGAGGGAUCGCGACGCUCGAGGUGGACAAGGACUCGCAGGGAGUCGAGGAGGACAGCGGCAUGUUCGAAUCCGUGUACUCCGAGGGUCCGAGGGCUAUUUUGGGCGCGUACGCGAGUGGUGGUAUCGUUAGCGCCGCCAUCGUGAACGUGCGAACGGGAGAACUCGAGUCCGAACUCAUCACCGCCCCGCUCGAGGAGGGCGCGCUUUUGAACAUCGCGAAGGUCGGCGAAGCGCUUCGCUCACUCACCAAGGAAUUGAAGUGGCAGGGCGCGGUCUCGGUCGCGCUCCCAGGUGUGUGGCACGCCGAUGAGAAGAUGGGCGGAAUCAGUGUCUACGCCGCUAUGGAAUCAUUAAACCCACUCGACAUGCGUCGCGACCGCGAAGAAACCGAAGAGUUGUUACGCAUGUCUGUUGGAUUGGACGUCACCGUCGUCACGGGCGCCGAGGCACACGGUUACGGUCACCAAGACUUGUGGGGAGAGGCCGCGCGCCGAAUCAAGAUCGGCACGACUCUGGACAGCGAGGAUCCGGACAACGCGAUGAGCGGUUUGACGGGCGUCGUGACCGCGGGUCACGAAGCCAUUCACGUUGCGUUGUUUAAAGAUGGCGUUCUUCGUACGAACGCCGACUUCAGAGAGGCUGAUCUCGCGAUUUCUUGGAUCGAACCCGAGUGGGAGAACGCGAAACCCCCCUCCGCCGAUUGCGAGGACGAAGAACAAUGGCGAGCCUGGGCGACCAGAAUCGCGGUGCACCUCGCCAAGGUUGAAAACUGCCGCUGCGCCCGCGGCGGCUUGGAGAGAUGGGUCGUGAGCGGCAGCGUCGCUCAAAACUUUGAUAAGUGGGCACAUCUCAUUCCCAAGCUGAGCGUCGUGCGGGCCGGUAGGCAGGCUGCUCCGCUCGUCAAGGGCGGUUCGAACUCGGUGGAGGGCGUUCGCGGCGCCGCCGCCGGCGGCUCGUUCCGCUUUAGAUAUAUGUCGGAUAUUCGACGCGUGCGCGCCGCAAUUGGAAAAGAAAUCGGACGAUCGCCGCAGCUCGUCACCGGUAUUCAGCUUCGAGAGCUCUUCACCAAGUUUGGCGGCGACAUUAACGACGACGCCAUCGACUUGGACGCCUUCGUUCGCAUGGUCGGAGCCAUGGGCGUGCGCCUCCCAGAGGACGAGGUUCGUGAGCUCGUGUGCGACAUUGACGUUCAAUGCGAGUCAUCGGUGACGUUCGAUCAGUUCGAGACGUGGUACAGAUCGGUGAUCGGUACUGAGGUUGCCCAAGUGUUGCACACCGAAUCCGCGGUUGACCAAGUUCUCGAGGAAGAGAAGGGCAGCGGACGUGCCGUGGUCUUGCAAGUUGGCUUCACCUCGUGCAUGCCGUGCAAGAAAUUUCUUCCUCACUUCGAACAGAGCGCGCGAGACAACAAGGAAAACUGCCGAUACGUUCGCAUCUACGGCAACGAAAAUGCAAGCACCAUUCACCUUGCUCGCGACCGUCUCGCCGUGAAGUCAACGCCAUCAUUUUUCAUCUUCAAAGACGGCGUGGUCACCCAUAUGCAUAGUGGGAGCAAUCCGGAGAAGUUCGACGACGCCAUCGCCGAACAAAUCGGCGUCCUCCCGCGAGGCACCUUCGCCGCCAAGUGGAAUCCGCCUGUGCCGAGCGAAGCCACCCUGACGUCGAAAGAGACGGCGUGA